CCGUCCCGCCGGGCGGGGGGAGCCGGCGCCCGCCUCCCGCCGCUGCGAAGCGCGGGGCUGCGCGGAGGCGGGCGGCGGCCGCAGGCGACGAAUGCGGGCUCGGCCCCCGGGGCUGAGGAGCCCGGGGAAGUGGCGGCAUCGCCGCUUCACCAGCGAAGCCCCCGCGCCUCCUUUGCCCGUCGUAGGGCCACUGUUUAUUUGACUUCAGCGGGGCUUUUCCACGAUUUGCGGCUGCUUUUCAACGGGUUUGUAGGUGAUUUCCAAGUCAGCCUACUCAUAUCUGUCAGUUUCUUUUAAACGUAAAACUCAAAGGGCCUCUGCUCCAUUCCCCGCAUUGUCCGGGAACGUCUCCUUUUGGUCCGGGACCAAGUGUUGACAGCGGGUCAUCCUAUGUCUAUUACCUUUUAAUUGAAAGCAGCGCUUGAGCAAAUGAUCCCACAGCAGUAACUGCGCUCAGCGCGCAGAAGUCCCGAGGAAGUUACGCUCUGCCGCACGUAUGUAAAAUCGCGGUCGAGCCGUGAGAAACCGCACAUGGCACUUCCACAGCGGGGCACCGCGGCUUAAAGGGUCGGGAUUGAGGCUGGGCUCUGGUGUGCGAUCCGCAGCUCUUUGAUGUGUCAACCUCAGGCUGCAAUACCGAGAGGAAGGGGGAUCCCAGUGCGUAAUAUGCACUUGCAAAAAAAAAGCAGCUCCGGAUUUCUGCACCUGCCCCGUUCCAUCCCCUGCCCGGCGGUUGGCGGCCCCGGGAGGCUGCGGCGGAGCCCGGCGCUGGCGCGGUCCUCCCGGCAGCUGUGACAGCGACCCGUAAGAUGGCUGCUGCCAUCCCCGCUGCGUUAAGACGGACUGUUAAGGUGGAGGAGCCGCUGCGCUCGGAGGCGACGGGAAACGCAGCCCCUGACUUAGCAGAGUAUUAACAGGAAUAAAAAGAAUAAAUAAAUUCGCUUCCGUUAAAUCUGAGAAUUCUCUGUUGUUACUGGAAGUGGUCGAAUCGCGUUUUAGAAUGACAAACAACCGCUGUAUGGUAACAACCACUGAAGAAUCAUUUCCUCAGCCUCUCCGCCCGCGUUCCUUUAUGUCGGCGACGUUUCCACUUUCCCCCACGGACUCGAAAACGAAACUGUUACCGCGCAGUUUCACUUUCAGCUUUACCCUGCUGUGCAAACGUGAGGACCGAGCAGAUCCUCUCAAACAAUAGUUGGCUCCUACCGGCCGGGGGGGUCGUUGUUGGGACACGGGCUCCUGGGCUUGACGGGAGCUGCUGGAGCCGUUCCACAGUUAACGGCAUUUAUGUAACCCGCUGUCAUUUGCACACCCAUACACAAAUGAAUUCUCCGUUUCAAUUCUCAACACGCAUAUACCAUUUUUGCACAGCUCGGCAGUUCUGCCAAAACGUGUUAGGCCCUUUAUGUCUGCAGCUGCACAAGCAAGGGUUCACAGGAUCAUUCCCCAGGUGAACAACCUUAUUCUUCUCACUCCACUCUCUUCACGGUACUUAAGAGCCCAGUAAGUUUUUACUCCCACUGAAAUAAAACAUUUCAUGGUGUGUUUAUGAGGGUCUAUUGCAAAACCACAUUGCACACUGAUUAGUAAGACAAAACUCAAUAUUCCUACAGUUCCUCCUUGAAGCCUUAAGAGCAUGUCUGCCUUACACCACAUCUCCACUUUUUGCUUUACCUUCUGCUCGCUAGAUAACCAGAGCACUAAGUCUACCAGACUGUGGCUACGGAUACAGUUACUAUAGUAACAUUUAUAAACACCAAUGUCACCACAAAUGCAGUGUUAUCUGCUAUCAUGGAGAAGCAGCUUAAAAAGAAAACACACUUAAACUGCAGAUAGCAAACCCCAAGGAUUUGUCUCAAACUGCCCCAAGGACAGUUAAAAUUUCAGCAAGAAUUGCCAAAGUUUCCAUCCUUUGGGGCAUUUCAGUGGGUUUGCUCAAGAGAAGUCAAGCCUAGAAGUAGCUCCUAGCAAGCAGCAGUGGCAGCCAGCACAUUCUUCGUGGGCAAAGCGGCCUCCUCUUGGUCACCAGGCAUCUGGGCUGCCAUCAAUAUUUUUUACUCCUAAAGUGCAAGAUUUGAUUAAAGAGAGAUAUCAAUGCUACUGGCCCACACAAAGUUGUAUUAACAACGUGAAGGCUCAGAGCUAUGCAUCAAGUCACAGUGAGGAAACAGAAAACUGACUGAGACCUUAGCAGGUGUAAGAAUGACAUGGGAGGAAAAAUCACAGGACAAAGCAAGGCCACCCAAUGAUGAACCGCGCAGAGAUGAGGAGGAUCAUCUGGAGAAGAUCAUGAUGGCACCUGAGAAUGCAGAUGCCACAGGCAUUUCAAUUCUCUGUUCAGUGUGUCAACAAGCAAUAUAUCCACACCAUCUUUUUAAUCACAAAAAAACCCACAAAGCCCUAACUUCGUUGGGCUAUGAUAGCUCACAAACAAGGGUGGAUAACGAAACACUUUUAGCUCAGAGACAGAAGCUAAUUUCAAAAGUGACCAAGCUUCCUAAGAAUUCUGAAAGACAUCGUCAGAAGAUCAAUGAUUCAUUUGAAUUUCUUAUGGAUGGUCAUGCUUCUACAUUAUAUUGUGAUCUUGACAAUACAAACACUGUUAACACUCUCAAGAAUGUAAAAAAUUCUUCAAUAAAGGCAUUAUCAAUUUGCCAAGAUAAAAAUUCCAUGUGGCAGAGAGACAUGGAAGACAGAUUUUUUGUAGUGGACAACUAUGGAAGUAGGUCAGAUACAUGUUUUCUGGGACUAAUUGAUGGGCACCAUGGCACGACAGCUGCAGAAACAGUUGCAGCAGAGCUUCCACUUUUAUUUCUUGACCAGCUUGCUCAAACAGAUCCCUCCUAUAGAAUGACCAAGGAGGAACAGCAAAUUCUAGACUCUUUUGCCACAGUAAUCACAGAAGACUACAGGAAAAAGGAGAGGAUUUUCUCUGACAGACAGGAGAACAAGACCCAUAAGACAAAUACUUAUGAAUGGAUUCACAAAGCAUAUGCCAAGGCCUUCUGGAGAAUGGACAGACUUUUACAGCUAGGAAGGAAUGAGGUUUCUAGAGUUCGAUGGAGUGGCUGCUCAGUUGUAACCUGUUUGAUGGAAAGACUCCCCAGUGAAAAUAUGGAUGACACAGAAGAAAGAAAACACUUGGAAAACAGCAGUCAAAGUUCAUUAACGAGGACAACUGAGGAUGUUGCUGGGCUCCUGCACAUUGCUAACAUAGGUAACACACAUGCAGUUUUAUGUAAAAAUGGCAAGAGUUAUCACCUCUCAGAAGAGCACAGCACUUCUAAUGUAAGGGAGAAAAAACGCAUACUUCAGAAUGAUGGAAACAUCAGCACUAAUGAACCAGAUGGAUUAGUAGAGGGUCACCUUAGAACUACAAGAGGUCUUGGAUAUCACGGAGAUCCCGUACUAAAAAGAUCUGUUAUACCUGUACCUCAUAGCAUCUCUGUCCCAAUUGAUGAUUCUUGUCAAUUUCUCAUUUUAGCUUCUAACGGGCUUUGGGAGGUUUUGGAUUACAAGCAAGUAUGUGCAUUAACACUAACCACAUUCACUCAUUAUCUGAGAACGUAUGAAUGUAUUCAACAAAAUGGGGCUUCUCUGUAUAACUGCCAGUAUUUGAUACCCCUUUCUGAAGAAGAGUUAAGAGACUCAAAGGCUACGAAUUAUCAGCAAGUUGGAACAGAGAUGCUGGACUCCAAUACGGAGAUUUUUCUCCCUGACUCAAAAAGCAGCCUUACACAUGGAAAGCCAAAAUGUUCUAGGACGAGCUACUUGCAAAGUAAAAAUGGAGUUGUUCCUAAGGAAAUUGAUGACCACAACAAUCAAGCUGAUCCAGAACCGAUACUUUUCAGUAAUGAUGAGAUAGGUCCAAAGAAAAGAGGGAUAAAACAGUGUGAUUCUAGCACAGAAGUCAGCUCUGAAGAACUGAAACAGUCAGAGGACAGAAAAGUUUAUCUACGUAACAGUUCUCUGCCACAUUCACAAACCACAGAAUCAGAAGAAACAGACAUUAUCCAUGCAACUAGUCCAAGUUACCUGCAGACUCAACAUUGUACAAAAGCAUAUCUAUCUAUUUAUGACUCAGAUCCACAACUGGCUGAAAAAACAGAUUUUAAGGUAUCACGUGACAAGCCUGUAGGUUAUACUGGCCAGCAACUGCUGAAGACUACACUGCCAGUGGAUUGUAAGCCACCUACACAUUUUGAAGAGGACACAAAAACAUACCUGUCCGGUUGUGAAUCACAAAUUGCAGGAAAAGGUGGGGUCACUUCCAAGGCACUCUAUGACAAUGCAGCAAGCUACAUCAGUGAACAAUUGGUAAAGGCUGCACUAGAUGCAGGUUCAAGAGAUAAUAUCACUGUUUUGGUUGUACUUCUAAACGGAUGUGAUAAGUUACCAAACUAACUCAACAUUUAAAAGGUAUCAUAUGACAAAUGGAGUCCCACAGAACACACAGCACAAGCUUAUGUUUAGCUGUGUCAUGAAGUUACUUGCAAUCACCUUAAAUGCUGACCCAUAUAGCAAAUCAGACAUGUACUCUCAAACUGUUCAAACAAAAUAAAUAAAUGCUUCUGAACCUCACAAUAAGAAACAGUAAUCACAAACUUUUUU